AUGGGAAUAUCGGAUGGAGAAUUGUCAUUUCAGAGGUUAUUGUUGAGAACUCGAAAAGCUUGUCGAGAUGACCUGGAAGGUAAUGUAAAUAGACUCAAAAAGGCUGUUCAACGGCUAGAACUAGUGUUUAUAAAGAUUCAAGGAGAUGAAAGUGUUGACAGAGAUGUUUUAAUGCAAUAUGGCAGGGAUUUACAGCAGUUGAAGAUCAUAGUAGAUGCUGAAAGCAAGGUAAGUGUUUGUGGAACAUUUUAUUAUAUUUAUGUAGCAAUUAGCUAUUUUUAACGGUUUCUUGAAUAUAAAAUUGGCUUGUGUAACGUUUGGAUGUUUCUUUGCAAACUUCUUUUUCCCAGUUCGCUAAAAAGGUAAAAUAUUAUUUUUAAAAAGUUGCAAAAUGGGCCUUAAGAGUGGGAAUAUUCAAAAUACACGUGAUACUAGGUAAAUAUUUUGUAGAAAGACGUGGUUAAAAAGUUGGAAGUUUUGGAUUCUUUGCCAAAAGUGUUCCCAGAAGUUUCGAGCGAAGGACUAAGGAAGCGUGGACGUAAGUUUGUUAUUACAUGAUCAAUUGUACUAUAAUAUUUGGUAUGUAACGUUUAUUAAUAACUUGUUUGCAGACGAAGGAUUUAAUCAGGACUUAGCGUCCAAUACUAUGAUAAAGGCUCAAACGGAAGCUGUACGUAAAUUACCUUAAUUUUUUUAAAACUUUUAAAAUUAUUUGUUACAACUAUUUCUGGUAGUAUCGUUCAUUUUUACAGACCUACAGAGCAGAUAUACGACGACAAUUGUUGGGUUUUGAACACGAUUCCCCGCAAUUGACAGUAGAACAACACGAAGAAGUUCAAGAUAAUCUAGCCAACCAGCUGCUCCAGAUGACAAGUCAAAUUAAACAACAAUAUACAUUGGCAGGGGAGAUAAUCAGAGAAGACAAUGCCAGACUGGAUCAGAUGCAACGCCAGACUGAGGACAACAAGAUCAACCUGGACAGAGAGAGCAGAGUGCUCGAGCAUCACGCUUACAAGAGUUGUUUCGAUUGUAUGGUGGUAUUGAUUGUGAUAUUGGUCAUCUGGUCUUUCAUUGGCAUGGUACUGGUCAUGAAGGUGUUUCCCAAAAGACAAGUGUGA